GCCCAUCGAGUGCGCCCUUUUUGUGCUCAUUGGUGGUCAUUCUUCGCUAGCUGUUGGUGGGUAGAUCAUCAGACACACCUUCGAUAGCGUCGCACCGAAAUUCGCAUCCGUACGGCCGCCAAACAAGAGCUAGAGCCGCAGAGCACAGAGGCCAGCAAACAAAAUGUCGGACAGCCGCGUCGACGUAGAACAGCCGUCGAGCUGGGAGGUGCGCUGGAAGGGUCUAACGUUCAAAGUACCGGACAAAACCAAUGGGCAGAAGACGAUCCUGGACGAUUGUUCGGGCGCCGUGCGCGGCGGGCAGGUCUGCGGCGUCCUCGGGCCGUCCGGCAGCGGCAAGACGACGCUGCUCGAUGCCCUGGCGGGCCGCAUCGACGGAUCCCGCAAAGGACGGGUGUUAGAGGGAGACAUCGCGGGCUGCGAGCGCUGCGCGUACGUCCAGCAAGAGGAGGCCUUAGUCGGAGUGCUCACGACGAAGGAGACGCUGCACACGGCCGCGGCGUUGGUCGGCGGCGCCGCGGCGCGCCAACGAGCCGACGCGCUGCUCGACGAGCUCGGGCUGACGAGCUGUGCGGACGUCAUCGUCGGCACGAUCCUGUUGAAGGGUCUCAGUGGAGGCCAGAAGCGCCGCCUGUCUAUCGCGGUAGAGCUCGUGGCCGAACCCAAGACGCUGCUCCUCGACGAACCUACUUCGGGACUGGAUUCCGCCUCGGCGCUCGCCGUCCUGGAGAAGGUCAAGGCCGUCGCGUCGUCGUCGGCGGUCGCCGUCGUGCUCACGCUGCAUCAGCCGUCGCACGCGGCGUGGCAGACGUUGGAUCGCGUCUCGUUCAUGGCGAGAGGGCGAGUCUGCUACUUUGGGGAUGAUGCCGGCCUCAAAACGUUCCUAGCUUCCGCUGAUUCCCCGGUGCCCGGUAACCGCGACGUCGCCGAGUACGUGCUGUCGCUGACGAACGAGGACUUUCCCGGCCACGGGGAUGUGGAUUCGAUUGUGGCCAAAUUUCGGGAGACGCGAGAAGGCGAUGGCGUUGUCGAAGGCUCCGCGGCGCCGCCGCGCCGCCGCGCCGGUUUCUUGACACGCUUUGCCGUGCUGUGCGGCCGCGGCUUCCGCGAGCUGAUCCGAGACCCGGGGGUCAUCAUGGUCCGCUUGGCGAUGUACGCGAUGCUGUCUGCGUUGAUCGGAGCGAUGUACGCGAACGUGGGAGACGACAAGGACCAGGAGUCCGUCGUGGCGCGCGUCUCCGUCUUGUUCUACGUGGCGGCGUUUAUGGUGUUCAUGAGCGUCGCGGUGCUGCCGUUCGUCAUGCUCCAGCGGGAUGUGUUCGUGAAGGAGCGGAUGAAUGGCCAUUAUGGGGUAAUGGAGUACGUGCUGGCGCGCUUCGUCGUGGCUGUUCCUGGGGUGGCUUUGCUGGCCAUCGUCACGACGCUGCUCGUCGUCUUUCCCGCCAAGCUGAACGGUCCGGUGAUCUACGGCCUCGACCUGUUCGUUUCACUACUCGUAGCCGAAGGGUUUAUGUCCCUUGUCGCCGCUUGUGUCCCCCACUACAUUAUCGGCAUCGCGUUAGCGGCAGGCAUCUUCGGGUUUCACAUGCUGUGUGAAGGGUUCUUCAAGGUCAAGUCAGAGAUUCCAGACUACCUCAAGUAAGUGCCAUCGACGCGGCUCGUCGCUCACCGCCCACGUCCGCGCAGGUGGGGCUACUACAUCGCCUUCCACUCGUACACGUUCCGUAUAUUUAUGCACAACGAGUUCAACCCGAUCAACAACCUCGACUGCAAGCCGUUCUGCGACGGGGAAGAGGUACUACGCUUCUACGAUAUGGGCGACGUCGACGUGGCCGCGGACUUCGGCGUGCUCAUCGGCUUCGCCGUAUUCUUUCAGUUGUGCUUCGCUGUGGUCUUGUACAAGUUCCACACCGGGCGGCGCUGAGCUAAGUAUGUGUAU